ACCGAGCGGAAGUCGAGCUCUCUCGCCCCGGAAGUGAAACUGUAGUCUGCAGUUGAGGCGUCUGCAAGUCCUGGGAUUGUGGUGGAGAUGCCGGGUGCCGCGGCAAAAGGCUCGGAGUUGUCCGAGAGGAUCGAGGGCUUCGUGGAAACUCUGAAGCGAGGUGGCGGGCAGCGCAGCUCGGAGGACAUGGCUCGGGAGACCCUGGGGCUGCUGCGCCGGCUUAUCACGGACCACCACUGGAACAACGCGGGGGACCUAAUGGAUUUGAUCCGCAGAGAGGGCAGGAGGAUGACGGCCGCGCAGCCCUCCGAGACCACAGUGGGAAACAUGGUGCGGAGAGUCCUCAAGAUCAUACGGGAGGAGUAUGGCAGACUGCACGGGCGCAGUGACGAGAGCGAUCAGCAGGAGUCCCUGCACAAACUCUUGACAUCCGGAGGCCUGAGCGAGGAUUUCAGCUUCCAUUAUGCCCCACUUAAGUCCAACAUCAUCGAGGCGAUUAAUGAGCUGCUAGUGGAACUAGAAGGCACAACAGAGAACAUUGCAGCCCAGGCUCUGGAGCACAUCCACUCCAAUGAGGUGAUCAUGACCAUUGGCUUCUCUAGAACAGUUGAGGCCUUCCUUAAAGAGGCAGCCCGGAAGAGGAAGUUCCAUGUUAUUGUUGCAGAGUGUGCUCCUUUCUGCCAGGGUCAUGAAAUGGCUGUCAAUUUGUCCAAAGAAGGUAUCGAGACGACUGUCAUGGCCGAUGCUGCCAUUUUUGCUGUUAUGUCGAGAGUCAACAAGGUGAUCAUUGGUACGAAGACUAUCCUGGCCAACGGUUCCCUGAGGGCUGUGGCAGGCACUCACACUCUGGCGCUGGCAGCAAAACACCACUCCACGCCUCUCAUCGUGUGCGCGCCCAUGUUCAAGCUCUCUCCACAGUUCCCCAGUGAAGAAGAUUCAUUUCACAAGUUUGUGGCUCCUGAAGAAGUCCUUCCUUUCACAGAAGGAGACAUUCUGGAGAAGGUCAGUGUCCACUGUCCUGUGUUUGACUACGUGCCUCCCGACCUCAUUACCCUCUUCAUCUCCAACAUUGGUGGGAACGCACCAUCCUACAUCUACCGCCUGAUGAGCGAGCUCUACCACCCUGAUGACCAUGUCCUCUGACACGGCCUGUCCUAAGUGUUAGGAGCUUAGACUGGAGCGGAGUGGAAACACAGCAUUGCUGCUACAGUGGGGAGCGGAGGGUCAGCCUGAGCCUUCAGUGUCGCCUGCCUUCCUGCUCAUCCCCAGUGAGGAAUGCAUCCAGGACCGCUCCUGCCUUCCAGGCUUACCUGAGCCAUGGGGCUUGCUUACCUGGGGAUUUUGGAGCACUUUGUGACCUGGCUGUGUUUGAGGAACUUCAACCUUGUGGCUCAGUGGUGUGUUAGACAUACCAUGACUACUUUUGCUGGGUUGGUGUUUGCUCAGAAAUGCCUUCCAGACCGUUUCCUAGGCUGUGCCAAUAAAAACUACUGGAAACUCCC